CGGGAGGGAAUGGACGACAGUUGACAACAACACGUGUUUCCGUGAAUCGUUGGGUUCAUUCGUCAUUUUUUUUAUUUGGAGUCGGAUAUUUUUGGGGAUAGGGCUCCUUGGCGACUGCCGAGGGGAGGUUUUUGCUCGAGUUUCUUCUUGAGAUUGACGGAAUAUUUUGGAGAGUGACUGAGAAUUCCCCGACCCCAAAAAUGGACGAAAUAUCCAAAGACCCGCGUUUCUCGCACGUCCCGAAGGACCCAAAAUUCCGUCGCAUUCCCAAAGCCGAGAAAAAAGUAAAAAUCGACAAGAGAUUCCAGUCGAUGUUCAAAGACAAAAACUUCAAAGUAACGUACACAAUCGAUAAGCGCGGAAGGCCCCUGCAGAAGUCCUCAGCCGAGGAUCUCGAGAAGUACUACGACCUCUCCUCCGAGAGCGAGGAGGAAACCGUGAAAAAAUCUUCCUCCAAGAAAUCAAAAAGCAAGAAAGUCCCCCCGAAAAAUCCUCCCAGCGUCGAAAAAAAUGAAGAGAACCCCAAAGAUCCUGAAGAAAAAUCAGACUCUGAUGAGCAAUCGGAGGAGACAGCAGGGGAUGAGAACGAGGAUCAGUUGAAGCUGAGGAGGAAGAACGAGAGCACUAGGAUAUCCAGUGAAAUAAAGAGCAAAUUGAAGGAUCUGUCGGUGGAUUAUGCGAGGGGAGAGGGUGCCCUCCUCUCGGACAGUUCCUCCGACGAGUCCUCGGAGGAGUCGGAGGACGACGAGGGGAUCGAGCACAUGUGGGGGGAGCUGGACAGAGAAGCCGAGACGACGGAGGAAAUAACCUCGAGACUGGCUGCGUGCAACAUGGACUGGGACAGGAUUCGUGCGGUCGACCUGAUGGUGCUCUUCACCUCGUUUCUUCCCCCCGGGGGUCUGAUCCACUCGGUCAGGAUUUACCCCUCAGAAUUCGGGCUCGAGAGGCUCAAGGAGGAGGAGAUGAAGGGCCCAAUCGAGCUCAGAGACCUGGAAAACGAGGAUGAAACGAGGUCUGGAGGGGACGACGACGAGGAGGGCAACGACUUUCGCAGGGAAAAGCUGCGCCAGUACCAGCUGAACAGGUUGAAGUACUACUACGCGGUGAUCGUCUUCGACUCGAAGGAGAGCGCCAACAGGAUCUACACGGAGUGCGACGGGCAUGAGUACGAGUCCACUGCCACCAAGAUUGACCUGAGGUUCGUCCCGGAGGACAUGGAGUUCGAGCAGCAGCCCAAGGAGGUCUGCGACAGGCUUCCGGACGUGUCCAAGUAUCAACCGAGGCAGUUCACCACUACUGCACUGCAGCAGGUGAAGGUCGAGUGCACGUGGGACGAGACGAAAUUGGAUAGGGUGGAGAUUACGAAGAAGAUUAACUCGGGGAAGAUUGAUGAUAUUGACGAGAGCGAUAUCAAGACGUAUCUGGCGAGUGGAAGCAGUGAUGAAGAGUCUGAUACUGAAGAGGGAAGAAAUGAGGAAGACAUUGACAGCAAGAAAAAUCCGCUCGAGAAGUACAAAUCACUGUUGAAGUCAAUCGAGCAACAGGAAGAGGAGAAAAAGAAGAAAGAUGGGGAUCUGGAGUUCACGUGGGGAUUGGGAACCAAGGAGAAGGCGGAGAAAUUGGUGGAGAAGAGGAUGAAAGAGUCUGAGAAGCUGACGCCUUUCGAGCAGUUCCUCGAGAAGCGAAAGGAGAAGAAGAAAGCGAAGAGGGAGGAGAAGAGGAAAAUUAAAGAUUCUGAAGAGGUCGAUCAAAGCUCUGACAGUGAGGACUCGAUACCCUCUGACGUCGACAUGAACGACUCGUAUUUCGCUGAGGAGAUGAGGAGCUCUGGAUUCGAGGAGAAGAAGUCCAGGGGUAAAUCGAUUGAAAAUAGUGAGGACGACGAGGACGCAGCGCAGAGGGAAGCUGAACUGGAGCUUCUGCUCCUGGAUAAGGAGGAUGAGCAGCAGAAACAUCACUUCGAUAUGAAGAAGAUUGAGGAGAGCGAGGUACUCACGAAAUCGAAGAAGAAACGAAUGAGCAAGAAGAAGAAGGAGCUGGUGCAGAGCGCUGUUGAGGACGAGUUCGAGGUGAACGUCGAGGAUCCUCGGUUCAAUGCACUGUUCACCUCUCAUCACUUCAAUAUCGACCCUGCUGAUCCGCAUUACAGGAAGACGAAGGGCACUGAGGCACUGGUGAAGGAGAAACUGAAGAGGAGAACCACUGGGGAAGUCCAGGAGGAAAUAUCAAGGAAGCAGUCCAAGAGUGGAAAAAACGAGACGACUUCUGAUCUGGCGGCCCUCAUCAAAUCUGUAAAAAGGAAUACUAAAAAUGUUUUCAGACCAAUAAAGUAGAAUGUCAUUAGUAUAAUAAAGAAAUUUGUUGAGAAUUUU